UGUUACAAUAAAGAUAAAUCUGCAGCACGAUCUAGACGAAUUACACGCACCGGUCCGGUAUUGUCCGGUGUGAGAGUUUGAUCUGUUUCGUAUUAAAAAAAACGCGACGAUGACGAUGAGUGGAAUUAUGUGCAUGUACUUAUUUAUGACUAGAGUGCAUUAACGUUUCGCACUUCCUUAAACUGGCGACGUGCGCUUUCAUGCGACCACCUUUGAGAAAACAGCGUUACAGCAUUGAAAAGCGAGAGUAGAAUCGAUCAACUACUUUAUCGAAAACAUGAUUCCAUGAAUUUUCUGCAGUGCAUUUUCCUCAGCAUCACUUCCGUCUUUGGUUCCAGUACGAUUUUGGCGCUUAUGGAACCCUUGUCAUUGUCGAAAGUGUGCCGCGUUGUAUAUGUCUUGCCGAUGCCUGUGAACAUAUCGCCUGGAUAGUGCACCACGAUGGAAAUCGGUUAUGCUAUCUGCAAGUGUAAUUCAUUCCGAAUCAAUUGUUGAUUUUUUUAUUCCUUCCGGGUUAUUUCACUUUGAAUCUAAAAAAGGUCUGGAGGAGCGAUCUGUAGCAAUGUGUAUCAGCGAUCGCGAAAUGUACUACGUCGCAGAUUUUGUUGUUACCGUACGCGUUAAAUGCUCAACUCAUUGCGCACACGGAAGUUACCGGAUCAAUUGAAUAACUUCCGUUGAAAGUGGUUUUUUGCAAUUUUGAAAAUCAAAAAUUCUUAUUUUUAUUAUGCUGAGCAUCGGAUUUUUUCUAAAUAAACCAGCGAUGAGGAUUAUCCUUUGGACAUUGUUUACUACGCUAAGCAUCGUCAAUGUUGCAACCUCCGGACAAUUAGUUUCCGGUGGUAGUUCAAACUUUUCCUGUCCUACAAACUUCUGUCAAAAUGGCGGCAUAUGUUAUGGCACUAACGACGACAGCAGCGCGAUGCCUGAAUACUGUCCCGAUGGAUCCAUUCUUUUUGCGCAUGGAUGCUAUAAAGUACAUCGUGAAAAAAAGAAUUGGUCACAAGCCGCCGACUAUUGUGCACGGUCUAACGAAUCGCUGGUCACCGCGCAUGAUAUCACCGAAAGACUGUUUUUGGAAAACUUCGCCCGAGGGCAAGACCUCCCAGGACGACCGCAUGUCUGGAGUGGUGGCAUUGCCAAUCAAAGUGCCGUAUUUAUUUGGGCUGAUAGCGGUGAACAUGUGAAUUUAACGAUAUUUGACAUGAAAAUGACACGGUAUCCCCGCCAAACCUUCACACCGGGGAACAUGACGAGAAGGAUAAAAAGCAGCCUUCUACCAGCCCGUGACCAACGUAUAUUGUGCUUGGCACUUGACGGAAGCGCCAAUUAUACAUCCUGGAUCAUGACGUCGUGUACUGAGGCUAAUUUCCCAUUUAUCUGCCGACGAAAAGCCGAGCGCUGGCCAGACCUCUUGGGCACUUUCCCCCAUCAAUGCCAAUGUGGUCUAGAAUUUGAAGGGCUGGAGUGUGAAAAGAAACUCGACACCGGUGUGGUGAGCUAUGGCUACGGUUUAAAAUGUGCUGACGACGUGGCGGCCCUCUCCUGUCCCUCGGAGCCGCAGGAUCUGCGCAUUGAGAUCGAGUACGCCAUGUACGGUGUCAUUGUUAAUCAGCGUGCGGUGUGUACAGCGCACAGCACCGGCGAAAUGGCCGUGUUCGAUCCCCAGUGUUCCCUGCCGGCCGUUAAAUAUUUACGAGAAAACUGUCAAGGCCGCAAGGAUUGCAUUGUCAAAAUGUCGGCAGCGGAUUUCCGUGUAGAUCCCUGCCCGGCCACACCCAAACAGCUACAGUACCGGUAUCGCUGUGUGGACAAAACGCACAGUUGUGGUGCCAAUCAGUUUUACGUGAACAAUGCCUGCUACGAAGUAUACAAUACGAAUAAUAAAGCCACGUGGAAUGAAGCACGCUCGUACUGUCAGGUGUACGGUGGGCAGUUGCCGGUGGUGACUGCCGCCGAGGCGGAAGGCAUAAUGCGGGAAGCGGUGGUCACGGAUCGUACCGGAUACGGACAGAAAUCACGUUUCAAUGGGGAGAAGAGAGUGAAUCUGUGGCUGAUUUACCGCGAAGCCGGCGAGUCAGCCGAUCAGCUGGGUAACUUGUCAGAGGCGGUAAAUAAUCAAUCUCUGGGGAAAUACACCGACCGCUCACGGGAUAAGUGUGCGGCUUAUAAUGUCAAGCUGGGCCGCUCGCUGGAGAAAAGCGAGGUGGCGUGGAGUUCUGUCAACUGCAACCGGAAGCUGGGAUGGAUUUGUAAAUUUCCCACAUUCUCACUGGCGGAAAGCAUACCACUUACCGGUGAGAAUGUGUCGGUGCAUUCGCGCUCCGUGGCGCAAACAAAUUAUCCAAAAUCGGCAUUUCCGGGGAAUUUUAUGAGUACCGUGGUUCCACCGUUGAAUCUGACGUUUCCCACCAUAACGCCUAUUCCGCAAAUCCCUUGGUUUACCAAUGUGUUGACGUUUCCCACCAUGCAUCCGCCCAGUGACCGGAUUACCGCGUUCACGGUGGUCAACAAUGGUCAGGAAGAGACCGGGUUACAGUUUGCGACCACACCGGCGCCGGUCCCCGACAGCAGUAUGUGUGAAUCGCGAUUAAUUAAAGAUCAUGUCUGGGGGAAAACCGAGCCGGGGUUCGUUAUCCAGCCCUGCAGCGACCCGAAACCUUCCAGUCGAAUAAGUAUAUCUUUGAUUGAAAACGUCCGACACGUUGUGCAAAUGUACGCAUCCGAUCAGUCGAGCCAAUUUGACAAGAACGUCGAAAAUUAUCCUUACGGUUUUUCAUUUUGGAUGUGCACGAAAAAAGAUAACGAGUCGAAACCGCGAUACUAUCCAGAAAGCGGUCCUGUUGAUGACCUUUGCACGGCAGCAGCUACACCUGCGAUUACAGUAACAACAUUAAUGACGACAACCGACGAGCCGGUGGCGGUGCUAAAGGCAACAGCACAGCAGUUUGCCAAUUACACAUCAUCCGGCAGUAUGAACGGUUCUGAAAUACUCGAAGCGUGUAAUUUUCUCCAAGGACUCUUAUCAGAAAAGCAACGCCAGAGCAAAGCGGCAGCGCGCACUAUGGAUUUUGAUCAAACGUUCGCUACAACGGAGGAAUUCGUCAACGUCGUCUCACAGAGUGUCAGCAAUAUGCUGGCAGAUAACCAUAAACGUGGUUGGAUUGAAUUAGACGACGACCAAAGAUCGGACGCUGCGACCAGCCUUAUGAAGGCCGCGGAGGAUUCCACAUUUCUUUUAGCUAAUAUUAGCCCAGAACAAAUUCGGAAUACAUCAAGCUUUCAAAAGCGCUUACAGUAUGAAAAUAUUGACAUUCAGGUGGUUGUGCUACCAGCCCAAACUAUAGAUGCUCCGAUGACCUUUACCUCUGUUUCCGCGGAUCCAAAUUCGUCUAACGAGAUUUCCGACCAAAGUGACGCAUUGUUCGACGUUAUAGAACUUCCUCCGUCGAUUAAAAACUUCAGUGACAAACAAGGAAAUGUUCGAGUUUCCUUCAUACAGUACAGUCUGACACUGUCUGCCCUACUCGCUCCACAAAACAAUACUCUUAAUGCGACAAACUCCACAACCGGACAAUUAAUUGUCAACUCCAAAGUUUUAUCAGCAACUGUGCUGGACAGCAACAAUCAACGGCAGUCGGUCAGUCUGGAUGAAGAAACCGUAACUCUGACAUUUAAAAACACAUUUACGAAUGGUUCCGCUGCAACCUGCGUAUUUUGGAAUAUGCGUGAUCCAACCAACUCCUUCUGGGAUGUCACCGGAUGUUCAUUAGUCGACCAUUUGUCCAAUUCCACGCACACCGUUUGCCGAUGCUCUCAUCUGACAAAUUUUGCAGUAUUAAUGGACAUUAAUGGAGCCUUGGCGACACUUGGAAAAAAGGAUCGUCUGGCACUGAACAUCAUUUCCUAUAUUGGAUGCAUUAUCUCCAUUGUCUGUCUUAUUCUCUGCCUCAUUAUCUUCACGUUUUUCCGGUCAUUGUGGUGUGAUCGUGUGACCAUACACCGUAAUUUAACGUUCUGCUUACUGAUCGCACAGUUUGUUUUUGUUCUGGGCGUGGAUCGGGUUCACAAUCAGAUUGGGUGUGCCAUCACCGCUGGGAUUUUGCAUUACACACUGUUGGCGGCAUUUGCGUGGAUGUUGUUGGAAGGGCUGCAGCUGUACAUGAUGCUUGUGCAAGUUUUCGAGGCGGAAGAAUCCCGAAAAGUCUGGUAUUAUGCGUUCGGUUAUGGACUUCCAGGAAUUAUUGUUUCUGUUGCGGCCGGCAUUCGACCGGAUCACUAUGGAACGGAUAAAUACUGCUGGUUGCUGCCGAAUGACGGGUUCGUGUGGAGUUUUGCCGGUCCUGUGCUGGCAAUAGUUUGCGUGAAUACGGUUUUCCUAGUCAUUGCGUUGCUUACGGUUUUCCGUGUGCGGAAUCCAGUGCGAAAACAGAACAAUCUUGAAAAAAUGAAAGGAUGGUUGCGAGGAUCGGUCAUGUUGCUCUGCUUGUUGGGAACAACAUGGUUAUUUGGAUUUUUAUACAUCAGUCACGCUUCAACCUUAGUUUUUGCUUAUUUGUUCACUAUAUGCAACAGUCUCCAGGGGUUUUUCAUUUUCGUUUUUCACUGUGUGAUGAACGAGAAGGUUUUUGGCACGGUGCAAAGAUAUAUCCGGCGUUGUUCAUGGUGUCCACAAUGGUGCAAAGAUUGUAUCGGAACACCGAAAUCUUCUAAAUCAUCAUCCGGAAAAGAAAGCAGCUCUCAAUCCCAUCAAGGCAGUAUGGUUUGGAAUUUUUUGAAGCUGCGCCGACUUUCCCAUGAAUCGAGCAUCUCAUCCCAGUCGGCGAUAGCCAAACAGCUAUCGACGGAAAGCGAUUACCUUAGUAAAUCAUCUUCCUUUAAAAGCAACAAAAGCCGACGGGGCCAGCGUCCACCCAUAAACCACCACAACGGUCUGAACAAUAUUUCCGACAUGACCACGGAAAUCGCACUGAAGAAACCGGGGCGAGCCCGAACAGUGAGUGACGAUCUGGCUGAUGUGGAACGCUCGGUGAUAAAAGUCGGUUUUUCUAAUCCCGCAUUUUCUCACCAGGAAUACAACGCCAACUCCGGUGGUACUCGCGUUUAAUUUGCGCUUUGUUGUGAUUAAAACUUUUAUGUUUUUAUUAGGGCUUCGUUUCGCUUUUUUAGAUAUGUACAGCUCUUUCGUUUAUAUUUUGAUCUGAAUGGAAAAAAGUGCAUGAUACCGGAAAAUUUAGUAAUUUAAUAGGUACAUUCCAUCGCGUGAUCAUUUUCUAUUUGAUAAACCUAAUUUACGCAUGCUGGCUUUUGCGUUAUUUGUUCUGAAAGGUUUACAAAAGGUUGCGUUACAAGCCAAUGUUGCUUUGCACUUACUCUGAAUUUUUUUGUUACCGAAAAAAGCGUAUGUGUACGUUUAAGCCAUAAAUCGUCGACAUGGCUCUAAGCGCUGCUGUGUAUACUUAUUUCAUCCUUAAAAUAACUAGGAGGGAUGCGUCUGCAUGGUUAUAAAAUUGGCCUUGCACGGCUGUCACAAUUAUGAAUUCUUUUGUCAUGGUUUUCCAGCGAACGUUACCAGUUUUCCUGGUUUCGGCACAUAAAUUGUUUUUUUAUGCCUUGCUAAUUUGCAUUCAAUAAUUAUUUUUGCAAAGCAAAACCACUGGAAUGCUUGAUUUCACCAGAAUUCGUAAUCGACGGACGCACGAUGGAUGAAUUUUGGUACAUCAAUGGACGAAGAGAGUACUGUUUUGUCAAAUACGUUUGGGGUAUUGGAGGAGUACCGUUUUCUUAAAAUAACAAAAAUCCAAGUAAAAUCUCGCCAGGUGCAAAAGAAAUAACAUUCUGUUCAAAUCACAGUAAAUCUAAUAAUCAGGUAUACUCGGUUGCUAGCGUUUAGCGUGUCAGUAUUCAGAUUGUAGUAGUUGCUGAUGUAAAUAUUAAUACAAUUAAUAUGCAAGAUUGUAAAAUUAACAAGUAAUUUCCACUGUUCCAGUCUAAGUUCUCUGCUUACAAUAAUUAAGUACCAACUGCCGCUGGUAAUAUUGGCGUAUUUUGCAUUGUGGUUGCUAGUAAAGUAUGUAUGG